CCACACACACACACAUAUACACACACAAAUAUUGAGUCCUUUUUUACUCAUACAAACCAAAAUUGGAGGGGGAAUAAAUGGUACAGCUGAAGUACUUUUCAAUAGUUACUUGAAAUAAUUUUAAUGGAAAUAGCACAAUAACAGAUAACGAUGUGAAAUUUAAGCGAUUUGUAUCGGAAUUACAUAAGUUAUUAACUGCGGUGUGAAAUAGGUUCAGUGCGAGACUGUAAUAUGGAGGACCAAGCGUAUGCAAUUUGCGGUGAGAACAGUGAAAGUGGAUUUUCGGAAGAACUUGAUAUUUUAGAGUCCAUCUACAUAAAUGAGUUGACUGUUAAAAGAGAUGAUUGUGGUUCAGUACAACAGAUAACCUGCCAGUUGUAUCCGUCUACUGGAGAUGAUGUACAAAAACAAUUUGUCUGCUUAACAUUGCAGCUUUCUUUACCUGAAAAUUAUCCUAAUGAUGUGCCUGCUAUUACCAUAAAAAACCCAAGAGGCCUUGGCGAAGAUGAACUUGCAAAACUUGAAACAUCUUUAAAAGAGUUGGCUGAUGAAAGAAAAGGUGGACCUAUGUUGUAUGAAUUGUUUGAACUUGCCAAAGAAAGCCUUACUGAAGGCAACAUACCCAGGCAACACUGUGUCAUCUGCCUACAACAUUUCAAAGAGUUUGAAGAAUUCACUCGUACUGAAUGUUACCACUACUUUCAUUGCCAUUGUCUUGGAAGAUAUGUUGAACAUUGUCUGAAUGAUGUCACAGAAGAUGGUGCUAACUCUGCAAUAUCUUCAACUCCUUCAAAGAUUGAGAACACUGCAGAAAAAGAGGUUGUAUGUCCUGUAUGUCGUGAAACCAUUUUGUAUGACUUAGACUCUUGGUUGAAUGCUCCAGAACCUAUUCAAGAAGAUACUUCUUUCCAAUUAUCCACUAAACUCAUUUCCAGACAAGAAGAAAUGGCUAUCAUAUUUGAAAGACAGCGAGCCAACGGAGGUCUUAUUGACAUUGAAGCUGAACGUAAUAAAUACCUUAUAUCGGCAGGAGAGUGUAUUAAUACCACUGCAAAAGAGACACUUGCUGAUUUUCCUUCAGUGCUCAAUGGUAACCAGUUAGGAAACUUUGAUAAGAAGUCUGGGAAGUCACCGACUAGAGCUAACAUCAAUUCUGUUGAGGACGAUAAGUCUGCCCCUAGAGAUUACGGUAUGCGUCAUCACAGACGUGGUAACCAGAGUUAUGGGAAAAACGGUUUUGGCGAAGGCAAAGGUAGAUAUUUUCGCAACAAAGAAAACUAUAAUGGGCAACGUUGUAAUAGCCCUAACCAAAACAAAUGGAACCGGACUGAAUACAAUAACAUCGAAGAUUCCAAUCUAUCUUCUCCAAGAGGUGACCGUCCUCUUGCUAAGAUGGAUGCUCAGUGUUCAAAUGAUAAGCUGAAAAAUGCUGACUUGCAGGUUCAAAACCAUCAACAUACUUACAAAGAAAGUAAUGCCAAACCCUUUGAAAAGCAGCACAAAAAGUUUGAUGUAAACCAAGAUAACCGUAGAUACAACAACAAGUCUUCUAAUCAUUUCCAAAGGAAAGGAAACAAUAAUAGUUACAAAGAUAAAGGAUGUUUUUACUCAAAUUCUUAUAAUAACAAUUCUGGACAAGGCACUCAGGAAAAAUUUGCUUAUUCUCAUAGACAUUCUGAUAAGAGCAAAGCUGUAAAUAUAUCUAAAAAUACUGCUAAUCCUUGCCCAAAAUCUGAAUAUCAUAACUCUCAGGAAACUCCGGUUGUGACGUCUUCGGACAAGCCCCAACACAGAUAUACAAGGAAUUAUCAGGAAAACAAUAGAAAAUACCAUGAUGAUGAUCAUGAUGUACCAAUCUCUUCGCCUCAGACUAGGAGUCAUCAGGAGGAUUUAGAAUUACAAGGAAACAAAAACCGAACAAGAGCCAAAUCUCAGAACUAUUUUCAUAGCAAGAAAAACUAUUAUGAAAAUGGGGAUCACUCCAGGAAAACACCAAGGUACAAUAAACAUGACUGCUACGACAGUGAUCAAAAAUAUUUAGCUCACACUCGAAAAUCCCACCUAAAUGACCAUUACUUCCAGCGUCGCUAUCAAGGUAAUAGACGAGAUGGUCAUUAUCCACAAGAGGUCCACAACAUAUCACCUAAACAGCAGGAAAAUGAGGCACAUGCCAAGUAACUUAUUAAAGUAUACAGUUUGCACUCACUGUGGAAAGUUAACCCACAUAAUAAUACUUCAAUGCACUUUCAUUCAUAAAAUUGUUGGAUGAAACAC